AUGUACUAUUCAUACUCGUCCGAGGCUGCGAGAUAUGUAGCACGGUCGCUCAUCCUAUGGGAUUACCUGAUCAGUAUUGAUGACGAGGUUUGGCAGUCCCUGACAGUCGUCAUGCGCAUUACCACUGACAAAAUCGCUAUCUUGGACUUUUCCUCCGACUUUGGGAUGUUAUUGGAAAAGAAUAUGAGAUGCGGAACAGCCGGACCAUCGAAAGAAUUCCGUUGUCUGCUCGUUCACCCCGAAUCGAUUAUAUAUGUGGCGAUACAGCUCGUUGUUAUAGGAAUCAUAUUGGUCCUUCGCGUCUGGGUAAUUACCGGUAAUCAGCGCUGCAUUUUGUGGUCCUUCUUUGGCUUGCUUUUUUGCACUACGAGUGCUUCUGUGGCGCUCUUCUUCGUUCCAAAUUUUGGAGGUGUGGGGACAAUAGUGGUUCACUUGUGA